AUGGCCGCCGAAGUGAAGCCUCUCUUUCGAGCCGUCUCGACGUCUCCGCGGCCGCUAUAUCAGCUCCUUCGUUGUAUAGACUUUGCGCAGAGGGUUCACGUCCAGAUUACCGAAGAUGGAAUUCGAUUUGCGGCCGACAACUCACGGGUCAUGCAAGGAGUUGCAUUUCUAGACAAGGCUCUGUUUUCUGCAUACACUGUGAACUUCCCUCCCUCAGAAGAUGGCGAAACUCCUGAUUAUCCUAAUUUUCAAAUACCACUGUCGACAUUUCUUGAAGUAUUGCAAAUAUUUGGAUCGGUGGAUGUGGCCGCCCGGGCUCAAAAGGCUGACCAAGAUCCAUACCGAAGCAACAUUCGCAACUACAGGCCAAAUGCGUUUAGCAACCACACUCUUGGCAUAGCUGGGACUUGCACUUUAUUAUAUGCGGAAGAGGGCGACCCUUUCAAAAUCAUCCUUGAAGAGUCUGGCACCAAGACUACCGCAGGCUUGACGACCUAUCUGCCUGAAAUGCCAGAAGACAUCCCGUUUGAUCGUGACGACCUGACGUUCAAAAUCAUCAUGUCGUCUCGCACCUUGUUUGACUGCAUCGCCGAAAUCAUACCCGCGGGACCGGUCAAGUUGACCAUAACGGCUACUAAGACCUCACCGUUCUUGACCCUAUCCUGUGCAGGAGAUAUAGGCAGCUCUAGCGUGGACUUUGCACGAGGAAAGGAUCUCCUCGAAACGUUUAGCAUCAAUGACCGCUGGUCUCAAGCGUACAAGUUUGACUUCAUCAGACAUGCCAGCGAGGCCAUGCGUAUCGCAAGCAAAGUCAGUCUCCGAGGAGAUAGUCAGGGCGUCCUGAGCUUACAGUUUAUGGUUGAUGUGGAAGGGGGGAAGAGGAGCUUUUUGGACUUUCGCUUUGUUCCGUUUGCCACGCACGAUGACGGCGAUGAGGACGAUGUUGAGAUAGAAGAGUAUGAUUGA